CAUCAAAAAAGAAACUAAUAUUUACUAAAAAAAAAAAAACAAUUGUAUUAGUAUAAAUACAGCAUAUUAAUAAUUUAUUUUUAAAACAUUAAAAAACUCAAUUGUCUGAGUUUUUAGAAUGUAUUUGUGUUAUUAGUUGAAAGAGAACUAAGUUUACAAUUAUGCUAAAGUAAAAUAUCCUAUCCAAAGAAGGCUGAUAACAUUAAGUGGCUUUUAAAUGUAAAUUUUUACAAUUUUUCGAGUAUUUUUUAAAACCGUUCUAUGUUCAAGUAGUCCAAAACAUUCCAACUUCCUUGCAUUUAACAAAGUGCCUAACUGUAUUUGAUCAAAAUUUGUAGAACAUUUACAAUUUUGUAAAACGUACGCAUUUACAAACAUUUUAUUCCAUAUACAAAUAUAUGGUAUACAUAAGCAUAUAUGUAAAUCCUGUUAGCAAUAGUUAUUGUUAAUUAUCAUGGUGCUAUUUAUCAAAAAAAGUUAAAAAUAAACCCAUUUUUUAUUUACUUAUUAUACAAUUUUAGUCCAUAACAUAAUAGUUAGGUACUAAAACAUCUGUUAAUAAUUAUAACAAUAUGCCACACGUUAUGUUAUUGCAUUUAUUGAAAAUAAAAUAUUUUUUACAUAAAAUGAUAAAUAGCUUGUUUACUACUAUAAGUUGUAAAUUAUGAUGUUAAAUAAAAUAUUAAAGAUAACGUUUAAAAUUUCAGGCCUUUUUGUAGGAUUACACAUGAAAACUGUGUUUGAUAAUUUCUUUAUCAAAGUAAAAAUGUAUGAGUCUCCUGGGAUAUGAGACCUUGAUAUCUGUGCAUAUGUUCAUUUUUUUAUUGUAUUUUUUAAAUUUAAAUGACAAGCGUGGAUGAAAUAAUUUUGUAAUAACUGUCAAAAAUGACUUCAAACGAUGAAAUUGAAAAUUUAUCCAACAGUAAAGCAGAUAAUUUAGGUUUGGGAGAUAUAAAUGUUCCUGAAAUACCAAGUCAUAUUAUAUUCCCUAACGAAUUAAACCUUUAUUUAAGAGAUCAAGUCCAAUGUUUGAUGUUUGAGAAAGGGAAGUUACAAAAAAAAAUAGUUGAAUGUGAAGAAGAUCUUACCAGAUGCAAGUGUGAAAUAACUUUACUAAAAUCUAAGUUGGAACAGUAUGAACAAUUAUGUGCCCCCAAUAGUAAUUACGCAAAUUUGGCAAAUACGUAUAAUUGCAAAAUCGUCGAAUUAAGUAAAACAUUACGUGAAAAGUCGUGUGAAUUAGAAAAAUACAAGACAAAAUGCUCAAAACUAGAGCAAACAAUAGUUGAAUUUCAAAAGAAUGACAAGGAGGCUGAAGUAACUGAAACUCAUAAGGAUGCAGAAAAUGAAGAUGAUUCAGAAAAUAAGAUAAAAUAUUUACAAGAUAAUCUCAACUUCACCAAGGCUAAGCUUUGUGAAGCCAGAAAUAUAAACUUAAAAUUGAAAAAUGAUCUGAAAUUCGCCAAUAAACUGCUGCUUCAGGAAAUUGGAGAUAAUUUCGAUACCAUUCAGAAGAACAUUUGUACUGCUGGUUCAAAUUGGAGGGGCAGAGCUCAAAUUAUUUGUGACUUACAACAAAAAAAUAAUGAACUUAAAGAAAAACUAAAAUUGUAUCAAGACAAAGAUCAGGGUAAAGUAGAUUUAAGAAAAGAUGAUAAUAAGAAAAUUGACGCGUUGCAACAAGAAAAUCAAAACUUAAGAAAAGUAUUGGAAGAUACUAAAAAAAAAUUAGAUGUUUUACGUGCGAGAUGUAAAGUUUACGAAUCCGAAUCAAUUAUGCUGAAGACCAAAUUGAGCGUUACAGCUGAGCAAAAUGAAAAGAACAAUAAAAUUAUUACCCAUUUAACGAGUCAGAUUUCUGAUUUUCACGAAAAACAAAAUAGCACCGAUAACGAGAAACAAAAAUUAACUAAUAAUUUGGAAAAGGAAAAUAAAAACCUCAAAUUGCAACUUUCAAAAGAAAAAUGCUUGUUAGAGAAGCUCCAGAAAGAACUUGAUAUGAAAAUAAGUUGUAUAGAAAUGUUAAAAAGAGAUUCUGAAAACAAGAAAAAUGCGUCUUACUUUGAUUCAACAAAUGCUGAUAUUCGAAAAUUAGAAGGAGAACGUAUUCGGUUGGUUGAAUUAACCGAAAUGUUAAAUAAGCGAUUAGAAAACGAAAAAGAGGCGCAUUUUAAAACGCAAUCGAAUUAUUUAUUCGAAAGGCACAGAGCAGCCAAGUUGGAGGCAAAAUUGGCUCGAGUUAAGACGGAGGGAUGUUCAACAAAUCGCUCAAGUAAUUACAGUACCACCAGUUCUAGACAAUUUAAUACUAAUGAAGAACUGGAAAAUAGAUUAGAAUUGGCGAAUGAAACAAUUAAAUCUUUAGAAACAAAACUGAAUUUAGAAAAACAGGAAAGGGUAAUGGAUUUUGAGAAAUUUACGGAAAUAUUAAAAUAUCAAACCAUUAAUAGCGCAAGUGAGUGGGAUUAAUUUGAUUUAUAAAAAAGCAACAAUAAAAAGCUACAGUAUUAUGAUCCAUUAUUUUUUA